CGCUGUCAGGCGGACGUCGGUGAGAUGUAUGUGUGCUGUCUGGGACUUAAAUAUAGCCUCUUUUUGUUGCUGGCGUUCCAUAAGAACUCCCCUUGUUCUGCCACCAAUUUGCGCGCAUCGCCCUUGUGCCGUAAUGUUUGCAAACACAGAAAGGGGUCUAUAGUCCGAUGAAUAAAAUAAAACGGAGGGAUUGUAGGCGGGACGUAAACUGUGGCUCAUAUAUACAGGAAAUUGAGGCCGAAAGUUCGCGAGCAGAAUUAAACGUUUUCGUUGUCCUCUCUUCACAUUUCUGUCUGCACAAUGGAUUGGAAGGGAGAUACUGGCGGUCACAACCAUGACAGUUGCCAUGGCCACGGGGGUCACUCGCAUGUGCCUGCUGUGCAUGGAUUCGGGGAUCACGGCAGUAGGAUGGCGCACGGGUUCAUGCCUGCUUUCCAUGGCCAGUUUAGCCCAAGAGCUGACCAGAUGAUAGACCUCACUCAGCAGCCCAAGAAACGGUCGCAUAUGGAUGACAGCAGCAGCUGGGACAUCGUCAAGGCAACACAGUUUGGUAUCCUGGACCGAUGUAAGGAACUGGUGGAGGCUGGUUACGAUGUGAGGCAGCCUGACAAGGAGAAUGUCUCCCUCUUACACUGGGCAGCCAUCAACAACCACGCAGAGGUGGUCAAGUAUUAUAUAUCCAAAGAGGCCGUCAUAGACCAACUAGGUGGUGACCUGAACUCCACACCCCUGCAUUGGGCCAUAAGGCAAGGCCACCUCGCCAUGGUGAUCCAGCUGCUGCGGUACGGAGCUGACCCAUCUGUGGCCGACGGGGAGGGCUACCGCAGCCUGCAUCUGGCAAUCCUCUUCCAACACAUGCCCAUAGCAGCCUACCUCAUGGCCAAGGGACAAGAAGUUGACCUUCCUGACUCAAAUGGGCAGACACCCCUGAUGUUGGCAGCACAGAAAAUCAUUGGGCCUGAGCCCACUAACUUCCUGAUGAAGUGCAAUGCGUCGGUGAGUGCGGUGGACAAAGUGAACAGGAACUCUCCACUGCACUGUGCCGUGCUGGCGGGAAAUGUAGACGCCGCCCACAUCCUGCUGGAGGCCGGGGCUAGCGUGGAUGCCGAGAACACCAAUGGUCACAGUCCCAUUGACCUGGCCCACCAGGUGCACAGCCCCCUGCUCGUCCACAUGCUCAACCACGUCAAGCAGGAGAGGAUACGCUCCAAAUCCCGCUGCCUGCGCCUAGUUAACCGGUACAGGGUGUGUGUUCAGUUUAUGUUCUGCGUUGCUGUGCUGGGCAGUGUGGGAGCGAUAGCCGACUUGAGCUCAGAAUCCUGGCUGCUGAAAGGGGUUCUGCUGGCCUGUGUGAUGGCUGUGGUCAACCUGGCUCAGCGGCAGUUGGCGAGCCCGGCCCUGCAGUCGCUGGUUCCUGCUACAACUCUUAUGGCAUCAGUCUUCUGGAUGCUGGUCACCUGGUGCCUGUGCUUCCUGCCUGAUGGUCCCAGUGCCACGGUACAGGUGUUGUUCACUUUCAACGCCACGGCUCUGCUCUACUACUACCUCCGCUCCUGUAGGACUGACCCCGGCAUCGUCAAGGCAACUGAGGAAGAGAAAAAGCUAAAUGUGGUGUUGCUGGCAGAGGCGGGCUGCUUGGACCCCAGGAUCUUCUGCACUUCCUGUAUGAUGAAGAAGCCUAUGAGGGCCAGUCACUGCUUCUCCUGUGACGCCUGCGUGGCAAAACAGGAUCAUCACUCCAUCUGGAUCAAUGGCUGCAUAGGUGCCAGGAAUCACCACUUCUUUGUUCUCUUCCUCCUCUAUCUCUGCCUGAUGGGAGCGUGGAUGUUCUACGGAUGUCUCAUGUACUGGUCAAAGCACUGCCCGCUGCACUACCAGGAGGAGGGUGUGUGGGCUGCCAUCUCUGCCCUGGUGGGCUGCUCUUCCUGGGUACUGGGUGUCUUCUGUCUAGCUUUCUUCCAUACCGCCUGGGCUUCCAUACUACUGGUCAUACAGCUCUACCAGGUUGCGUUCUACGGCCUGACAAACGCAGAGAUGUCAAACCUGAUGCUUCGUCAGAGGAAACUCCCACAAUCCAUCUCUCUCAGACAGAACCCUUACAAUUUGGGUGUGGUGCGGAACCUUGUGUCGUUCUUCCAGCUGCGUUGCUGUGGGCUGUUCAAGCCCGCCACGGUCGACUGGACCCAGCAGUACCCACCUGGCCGAGACCACAUGUUCGGCCAGCCCGACAUCGUCUGACCCCACAGGGGGCAGCUAGGACCUGGAUCCACUAUCGUUCUGGACCAAACGGAUGAAGCUUAUUUAUUUUUUAAAUCUUUUAUAUAUUUUGGACUGCCUGGGAAGAAACACCACUAUAAAGGGAAAUAGCAUGGAGGAAGUUGUACUGACUUUAUUUGAUGCGUUUUCUUUUGCUACAGACUGCUGCUGCCUGACACUGGUAUAUAUUAAUUAGGGGAAAAAAUGGAAGUCUGAAAUGUAUCAUUUGUGCAAAGUCGAAUUAGCCUUUAUGGCUUAAAUUGUAUAUUAAGUUAGUCAUUGUUUUUUUUUAUCAAAAUAUAACUUUAUAUUAAUGUGUUUUUUUAUAAAGAAUGUUUUUGUUUUUUUUAAUGUCUGUUUUUAGAGGGUUCGCAAGAGGCUGUAAGUGAGUGGUUUUUUUUAGAUUGAAGGACCAACACUAUAGACCGUUUUAAGCAAAGCCUCACAUUGGUUUGUCAGUCACUGAACUGUUUUUAUUGGAGCAUACAGUGCAUUCUCUUGAGCAGUUGGUUCUAAUACUGGUCUUGUAGUACUGUACCUCUAAAUAUGCUGAUUUUCUAUCCAGCCGCUCUCUUGACAGUGGACACGCACCCAAGUCCAUAGCUGUUUCCGAUUCCCUCUCCCGUAAGUGUGCGCUCGUUCACUCCCCCUCGUGGAUUUAGAAGGAAUGGACAGGUGGAAGAAAUAUGGUGGACUGUUGGCAGUUGUUACACAAAUUGAGUGCUUUUACGUCGAUUAAGGGUGACCUAGUGCUCACUAUUGGGAGAAGGCAAGGAAUCGGGACUCACAUCUCCCAUAACUCAACAAUCCACUAUCCUAUCCACCAUGCUCUUCUCUUUCAGCCUUAAAGCAACAGUCUGAGAUUUCCAGUCAUUUCGAUUACAUUUAUCGUAAACAAAAACGAAAGACCUAUUUCUCCAUUAGUUAUGUUUUUGUUAUUUUAGGAGAACUUUGUACACUAAUGUAUAGCUUCAAGUCAUGCUAAGGCACGUUGUGUUCUCAUGGAAUAUCAUUCCUACAGCUAGAAAUCAAGUGAUGUUUUCUUGUGAAAAUGUCAUGGUAUGCAUUUGAUUCAUUGUUUACAUUUGUGUUGAAGCCACACUGAUGAUAUGAGCAUCUUACAGGGUGUGACUUUAAUGACACUGGACAGUUUGGAAAAAAAAGUAUUUUAUUAUUUUAUUAACCUGCGAUGACGUUAGCAUCCAAGCUAUGUUACUUUUUUCUUCUUUUUCUGCAUUACCACAUGAAGUAAUGUGCCAUUGUAACUCACUGCACUGGAUGUUCGAACAAAGCCAUGCACGUUGGUUUUUACUAUGGUGUCAGAAAGCCUUUUGAGUUAGAUACUCUAUGUGAGCUUUGAUUUAUGUAUCCAUGACUGCUUAGGGAGAGAUUGGCAUCUUCAUGUUCCAAACGAUCCUGCAUAGCCCAGUGAAGACACGGUAAAUCCAUGAUCCUCUUAGUUACCUUUUUAUAAUUGAUAUGUUGGUAUUCAUAUUGGGGUAAUCCUUUAAUAAAUCAGACUCCCAAUUGA